UUGAGAGAUGGAAACAAAAGUUUAAAGAGAAAAAAACGGUCCACAAAUAAGAAAGAGAGAAAACAAACAUCACACAGAAAAAAUAGAGAUGGAGAUUAAGACAAAACUGCAUGUACAAGAUGAGGAGGAUGAGCAACCCCUUAGCCCGGCGGCACGUUUGUUCCACACACGGGAGUUUAACUUGAACAUCAUAUCGGUGAUUGGUUUAAAAAGUAAAAUCAACUCUGAUAUGAUUAUCAGAGGGUUUAAGGAAAGUUGUAUCAAGCAUCCUCGUUUCUCCAGUAGAUUGGUGUGCGAUGGGGAAAAUGGACAAAACCAAAGAUGGGUUCAGACAAACGUGGUCGUCCAGGAUCACAUCAUCGUUCCCAAAAUCCAACAGAAAAAGAUAGAGAACGCUGACGCCUUUCUAGAGGAAUAUGUUUCGGACGUCAUGAAGAUCCCUUUGGACACCUCAAGGCCGUUAUGGGAGCUUCACCUACUCGACUUGAAAACCUCAGAUGCUGAAACCGUUGCCGUUUUAAAGAUCCACCACUCGCUCGGUGAUGGCAUGUCAAUCAUGUCUCUCCUCCUCGCUUGUAUGCGUAAAACAUCGAACCCUGAUGAGCUACCGAGUCUCCCUACUGCAUCAUCUCGGUUAACUGCCGGUUCAAGGAGUAAUUCCAGGUUACGGUGGUUGGUUAAGGUUAUCUGUACCGCGGUUAUGUUGAUGUUAAACACGGUUUGUGACGCUUUGGAGUUUAUUUUAACGACAAUGUUCUUCAAGGACACCAAAACGCCCAUUAAAGGUGAUUUCCUAACAGUGAAGAAGAAUAAAGAGUUGCGUCUGGUUCAUCGUACCGUAAGCCUUGACGAUAUAAAGCUAAUCAAGAACGCCAUGAAGAUGACAGUCAACGAUGUUGUACUUGGAGUAACCCAAGCUGGCGUCUCGCGGUACUUGGAGAGAAGAUACGGAGAAGAAGAAAGUAACACGAGUGAUAAAAAAAUGCCUAAAAGAUCAAGGAUAAGGGCAGCUCUGCUUGUAAACUUAAGACCCACCAUUGGAAUCCAGGAACUAGCCGAAAUGAUGGCCAAAGGGUCCAAAUGUAGGUGGGGAAAUUGGUUUGGCUGUUUAGUCUUUCCAUUUUCUAUUGCAUUACGCGAUGACCCCUUGGAACAUCUCCGACGAGCCAAGUCUAUAAUUGACAGAAAGAAGAAUUCGUUCGGGCCAAUACUGACAUACUUUUCUUGUAGAAUCAUUGUGAAAUUGUUUGGGAUUCAGGUGGCAGCUACUUUAGUAAAGAGACUGCUGUCAAAUACAACGAUGACGUUUUCGAACAUGGUUGGUCCAGUUGAAGAAGUUAGCUUCUAUGGACAUCCAAUUACUUACUUCGCUACAAGUGCUUAUGGUCAUCCCCAUGCGUUGACGAUACAUUGUCAGAGUUAUAUGAAUAAGAUGACAAUUACACUGAUCGUAGAUCCAAUGGUUAUAAGUGAUCCUCACCGGCUCUGUGACGACUGGGAAGAAUCUCUCCAAAUAAAAGCUGCUGUCCAAGAAAGAGUGUCUCUUCGUCUAUGGGAUGUACUCAGCAAUAGAAAUGCCUGGCUUCUUUACAAAAUGUUGUAA